GUUCCCCAAAAACUCCCCUCCAACUCCAAUAUCUACUUGUUCACGUGCGCGCUGGGCGAUCGUGUCAUCCCCCUUUUUGAACUCAGUUUAGCUCGGGAAUGCUAGAAAAAUGAGAUAGUUGGAAACAUGAGGGUAAUAGUUGUAGUUUUUUGUUUGGUUUGUUGUGUAGUCGCUAAUAAGCAAACUAGAAAGGACUAUGAGAGGAUAUUGUCGCUUGUAUCACAUUGGUCUAAGGAAAUAGGAGAACGGCUAGCCUCCCUUAGCGAAACUAUGACAAGAAUUGACCAAGUACAACAGAGUUUUGACCCAUUGACAGACACGCUAACCAAGGAAAAGCCGGAACUCUUCUUAAACAAAGUAGCCACUGAUAUUAGGAUUAUGAUGGAUACUAAAGCGGAAGCUGUGUCGAAUAUCGCUGAAUAUGCCGAAUUUCUAUCUUAUCAUCGAAAAAAUGAAAGUUUGGAUCGGUUUUCAAAGUACUACUUCUUUAAUGCUGACAGUAUCAAUGAAACCUCUUGGGACCCAGAAAGAGCUGCUGACCUCGAAAAAGAAAUACGUAAGAGCGAAUGUCGUUGGGCUUGCAACCAAAUCAACGUAACUCAUCUACCGUACAAUAUCUUCUCGAACACCACGUUCAGGCAGCAUCUGUUCGAGUUAAGACGGCACGAAAAGGGCAUCAGUUGCCUAUGUGAAGACUGGAAGAAGUGGAAAUUGUCGGAGGAAGAGUAUGGGUAUUACCACCUGCCUUUGAUAUACGAUCCGAGGUAUCAAGAAUAUGUGAACACUAACUUGAGUGUGGUGAAAAUACCACUCAAUGUUUGGGAUAGAGAGAAAAACGUGUUGGAAGGAGUACGAUGGUCAGAAGCUUUGGACCUUAUCUUCAAAUAUAAUUUAGAAAAAGAUCCGACCCUUACCUGGCAAUAUUUCGCCAGUCCACAUGGGUUCAUGAGACAUUAUCCAGCUAUACAAUGGUCCGGUGAGCAGUACAACAAAACGUACGACUUCCGCACCAGGACCUGGUAUACAGAAGCAAUAACGUCUCCAAAAGACAUUAUAAUACUUUUGGAUCGAUCAGGAUCAAUGAAGGGUACCAAACGGGCUCUAUCGCAGCAAAUUGUGAACCAGAUCUUGGAUACUUUGAACGAUAACGAUUUUGUUAAUAUUUAUACUUUCACGAAUUCAACCGAGCCCUUAGUAGAUUGCUUCAAUGACACCUUGUUUCAGGCAAAUGAGGAAAAUUUGAGGCUACUGAGAGAAAACUUGAAUGUAUAUGAUGAAGCGUAUGCAGCCAAUUUGGUUCUAGGUUUUCGAAAGGCGUUCGAUAUUCUGGAGAACUUUAGGCAUACAGGAACAAGUGCUCGAUGUAACCAAGCAAUCAUACUGAUUACUGAAGGAAUAGAUUACGAUUAUCCAAAAGAAAUGUUUUUCGAACAUAACAAAGAUAAGGACUUUCCUUUGAGAGUGUUCGCGUUUCAGAUUGGUCAAGAUCCAAACGAUGCUAAGGAAAUGGAAUGGAUCGCUUGUGCAAAUAUGGGUUAUUGGGGAAAUAUGACACAUAUGGGCGACAUAAGAGAAAAGAUGCUUAGUUACCUCAACGUGAUGUCUCGUCCCAUAAACUACAAUGGAAAAAUGCCCAAUAAGAUGAACAGGAACUACAUUUGGAGCUAUCUUCAUGUUGACUUGGCUGAUAGGCGACUAUCCAACUGGUUAUGGAAGAAAUUCGAGGGAAUUAGGCAACGAGAGGUCUUCCUGGAGCAUAUCAAGAAUGACAUGGUGAAAAAGAAGAAAAAGAUGCCUCCUAAUUAUGUUUUACUCCAGACCCACCAUGAAUACGAGAAGUACGAAGGCAAGAGUGCAUACAAAUAUAUGACCACGGUUUCAUUACCAGUAUAUGGCAGAAGAGAGGACGAGACUGAGCUGGUUGGGGUAGCUGGAAUAGAUGUUCCACUGUACAACUUCAAAGAACGCAUUCCCUACUAUCGGCUAGGAGUAAACGGUUACGCCUUCGUCGUCACAAAUAAUGGCUACAUUCUGAUCCAUCCUGAGCAUCGUACCGAGUUCGAGAACAUCCUGAAGCCUACCUUUAACCGAGUAGAUAUUUUAGAGGUUGAGGUUUUGGACGACGACAAGGAACCUAGACUUUUCGGAGAUGCAGUUAUCAAACUACGUGAAUUACUGGUCAAUCAGAAUGAGACUAUCCCAAUAACGCUGAAUGUUAAGUUUCCCUUAAACGAUAUGAAAAGGGUGGUUCUUUCAAAAAGGCAUUACUAUUAUUCCAAGAUCGGACCUUUCACAUUGGGCAUUGUACUGCCCGAUAAGUAUGGCUUUACAAAGGUUGAUGCUGGGAACAUACCACGACCCAAUCCUGUCGAAAAGAUCUACAAUGCGCUCAACAAUUCUACAUUUUGGACUGUACAUCCUGAAUGGGUGUAUUGUCAAAAGUGUAAAGUAGACCAAACUCCAGUUGAAAAAGUGAAAACAGCUUUUAUUAAAAAUGAGAAAUCCGAUCUACUGAAUGCCCUGUUUUAUGAUUUAGUGGCUACCAGUUGGUUUGAUUCUACGGAUUCGGGCUUCAAACUGUACAUAGAAGAGUAUCUGAUAAGCCACAUAUUCCUAUCAACUCAUUCUGGGUUGACCAGAUGGAAAAGGUUCAACUUUAUCGACCCGAUUGUAGAACCUUUCGAAAAGAGAGAAGUUAAAGCUAUAGAAGAAGAUUGGUAUAAAAGAUCAGUUGAAUUUACGUAUGAUCAAGAUAUGUUUAUCUAUUCAGUACCAUUUGAAACUCUAGCAAAUGAUACCACAACGAUGAUAACAAGCACAAAGGCAGUGUUUGUUGGAGAGGGUAGCAGUAAAACUCCUGUUGCUGUGGUAGGAUUACAAUUUAACCACAUGAAAAUGUAUGAAAUUUACAGCGAUGUAGUAACAAAGAGAAAAUUAAUAAUUUUUGAGCUGUUUUACAAUUCCACUCCACUUCAGGAUAUUUCUCAUUAUUAUUCGUAGUGUGAGAAGGGUAUCGAAAACUGCAAAAUAACUUGCCAGAUAGAACGACUGAGCUGUUACAUUUUGGACAAUAACGCUUACGUCCUUGUCAGCGAUCAACCAGACUACAUAGGAAAAUAUAUUGGUGAUAUCAGACCUGAUAUCAUGGCAGAUCUGAUAGACGACAAAGUGUACAUUCCAACCAGGAUGUUCGAUUACCAGGCAAUCUGCCAAAAAUUGCCACCAAAAAAGAUCCCGGAGGAAGAAAGAGUCAGGAUCAGAAAAGAGAAACAGCGAGCUGCAGCAAGAGCUCGGAAAAGAGCUAAGAGCUCUGCAACUCGAUUUGGGCUUCCAGAUCAACUUCUUCAAAUAGGAAAAUGGAUUCUCACGACCGUGUGGUUCCUGUUUAGAGUUGUCAGUGGAGAGGAAAAUUUUGUCUAUCAAAGCAUCAACGAAGACAUGAUAGCGUUCAACAAACAAGCGAUAAUCAAAACGUUGCCAACACCUUGUGACCAAGAACGCUGGCUUUUCAAUUUGAACAAGUCUGUGAAGUUUCCUUUGAGCCGGUAUAUUGAUCCGAAGAUCAAGUUUGAGUGUGAUUGGCCAUACGUAGUGGAUAGAAUUCCAAACUCGAAUCUCAUUUUCCUGGCUACCAAUGACCAUGGACCAUGCAAAGGCAGGCCAGCCCCAACCUAUUUAGUAGACCCAAAAGAAAUAGUAUACAACACAUCUUUGCCUUGUUAUAUCGCCACUAUGAAUAACUUUACUAGAAGAAUGUACAUGGAUUGCUUCAACAGAGAUAAACAGGAGGACGCUUUGAAUCAAAAUGACAGAAAAUAUUGCGGGCACACUUGGGGUUAAGCGAUUGGUUAAUUUUUAUGCCUUCUCUAUCAGUGCCAAAAUAUGUGCCAAAUGUCAAAUAGGCUUCUUCUGUAAUAACACACUACUAUUCUGUAAGCUUAAAUCAGACAUUUUGCAUAUUUAUUUAUACCUUGGUAUGAAUAUGUUCAUUGUAGGUUUAGGAGACAGUUAUACA